AUGUCUCCAGAGCUGCUCCUUGGCAAAACAUCAUCCCCCGCCACGGACAUGUGGAGCCUGGGUUGCAUGUUGGCGGAGCUUGACAGAGGCUACGCUCUCUUUGGCAGCCCAGACAGUGAUCCAUCAAAGCAGCACAAAAAUACUUUGGCCAUGAGGAUACGAUCUAGCAAUCCAAAGUUUCUCGAUUUCAUAAUGUCCUGCCUAGAAUAUGAUGCAAAGAAGCGCCUAACACCAGAACAUGCUUUGCGUCACCCAUGGAUCCUAAACACGGACGCAGCCAAGCCUGUGAAGUCUGCUAUUAAAAUGAGUGUCAAAGCUGCCAAAAACAGCUUACUAAAGAGAGAGAAAAUUCCACCGCCGUUGUUGCAGCCACUGACUCAACAUAAAUGAGUGACCCCUGAACCCUUGACACUGGGCAUACACACAGUAUGUGCAUGUGAUAAAAAUACAUGCAUGUUUAUGCAAACUUGGCUGAGUCAGUAGCGGAGGAAUGGAACCAAUGGAACCAAUGGAACCAAAGGGCCAAAGCAUCAGCUGCUAGUCUGCACAGCCAGGACUCCUUAGGCGCCAAGGACCAAACUGAGCUGAGCCUGCAUGAACAAAGCCUAUUAACUAUAAGUGUCCCCAUACAUGGAUACUAUAGUGUUUGGCAUCAUUUAAGACAGCAGCCUGCUCAUCUUCAUCAAGACCUCAGUGCUGUAACAACAGCCUA